AUGCCCUAUCAGCCUAUGAUGAUUAUGGAUAGUGGAGCAGUCAAGAAGUACCCCACGAACAGGAUGCUCGGCCAACGGCAAGUUACAGAUGGCAAGGCCGGUGAGUAUGUGUGGCAAACGUACGAGGAAGUGUACCAGAAGGUCAUGAGGAUUGGAUCAGCCAUCAGAAGCUUGGGCGUAGAGCCGGGAGCUCACUGUGGCAUAUAUGGAUCCAACUGCCCGGAAUGGGUUAUGGCCAUGCAGGCAUGCAACAGUCAAGGAAUAUGUUAUGUGCCACUGAAUGACACCCUCGAUAGUAGCAGUAGUCCCUAA